CAGCAGCAGUAGGAGUUAACGAUGACAGGAAGUUCAAGGAGUCCGUCCGUGUCCAAGGGGGGCACGUCAAUAUUCCUCUCACACUCGCGCUCACUUAUUUUCAAGGCACGUGUUGCCAAACUCACUUCACUUUCUCAGUUCUCCACAAACAAGUUCCUAGCAUUUUUAAAUAAAUACAUGUACUACUAAAUGUAGUGUGAGUGUGGAUAACGGAGACAAAGAAACCAAAAGGAAGACGCUAGCGUUUUUCGGCGUUCGCACGCGAAGAGCGUCAGGACUGAGUGGCGCGUGACUGUUACUCAUAUGGAGCUGUGUUCGCACGAGCGGUAAAUCCAGUGAGGAUGUCACCUCAUACUCAGCGGCGAGACUCUCGAGAAAGUUGCAAACUGAUAACUGGAGCAUCCAGCAUUGCUUAAUACAUUACGGUACAUGAAGCCAAGCCUCCAGACGCGUUGUUUAGCCAAAGCAAGCAGGAAUACUCCCUGAUGCGCACAAGCUGGGAAAACUGUUGAAUCCUUUUAAUUAAAAAGUGGGAUAUUAGGAUUCGAAACGGAGUGAGUACAUUGGGUGCGUUAUUUUUGAUGUCUCCGGUCAGCACAGCUGUAAAGGUUUCAACUUCCUGUGAUACAAUCACACCAUGCCUGAGGGGGCGGGCCGCGACAACCAGAAAAAAAACAGCAACCAAGCUGCCAAGCGCCCCUCCUCUGUGUCCUCGCUGAGUGGGAUUGUGAGCCGCAUGGCCUCCUCAGGGGGCGCGUCCCGUGGUAGCUGCACCUCUGUUAACACGGUGUGCUCUGACAGUGACCGUGGAGCCAGUCUCAGCUCCUCUGCCUCGUCUGUCUCACUGCAGGAUGGGCACUCUUCCUCUUCUUCCUCAUCGCUCCCCUACGGAGCCGUGCCGGCCUACCUCGGGCCGCAGCAUAAUGGCUCCGACAUCAGCCUGGACCUCACCCCUCUCUCCCUGCUGACAGGAGCCAGUCCCCUCCCUGCCUCCACAGCACCGCAGCCCAAACUCACUCGUCUGGAGAGGGUGGCUCUGGAGAUAGUGGAGACUGAGCAGGCCUACGUGAGGGACCUCAAGAGCAUUGUGGAGGACUAUCUUGGCUGCAUUAUUGACUGUGGCGACUUGCCUCUCAAACCCGAAGAGGUCAGCACCCUCUUCUGCAACAUCGAGGACAUCUAUGAGUUUAACAGUGAGCUUUUGGAAGAUCUGGAACGUAGUCCACAUGCGGCUGCCAUAGCAGAGUGCUUUGUGGAGAGGAGUGAAGCUUUUGACAUUUAUACCAUAUACUGCAUGAAUUACCCCAACUCAGUAACAGUCCUGCGGGACUGCAUGAAGAACGAGAGCCUGGUGCGCUUCUUCCACGAAAGGCAGGCCACUCUGUGUCACUCAUUGCCUCUAGAGACUUACCUGCUGAAACCAGUGCAAAGAAUUCUUAAAUAUCACCUCCUGCUGCAGGAACUAUCCAAACACUUUGAUAAAAGUGAUCCAGGGUAUGAGGUGGUCGAAGAUGCCAUUAUAACCAUGACAGCAGUUGCCUGGUACAUCAAUGACAUGAAGAGGAAACAGGAACAUGCAGUCAGACUGCAGGAGAUUGAGAGCUUGUUGCUGAACUGGACAGGGCCUGAUCUUAGUGGUUUUGGAGAGCUGGUACUUGAAGGUUGCUUCCGGGUUCAGCGUGUGAAAAAGGAAAGAGCUUUCUUUCUUUUUGACAGAAUGCUUCUCAUUGCCAAGAAGAGGUUGGAUCAUUUCAUAUACAGCACUCACAUCUUUUGCUGUAAUCUGCUCUUAGUGGAAAACAUGAAGGAUCCCCUCUGUUUUAAGGUGUCUGACCAAACAAUCCCAAAACAGCAGCACAUUGUUCAGGCUAAAAACCAGGAGGAGAAGCGGCUGUGGCUACAUUACCUCAAAAGGAUGAUAGUGGAAAACCAUCCUGCAUCCUUACCCCAAAAAGCAAGGCAGGUUCUUGGUGACAACUUCUGUCAGUCCCCACAGUUUGAUCUGGAACCGAUAAGGAAACCAAUGCCUUCUCCACGACUGGAUGAUGUUCAUAACUACCACAGAGGAAGAAGGCAAUCAGAGCCACCAGAGUUCAUCUACACCCCAGAGAAAGCCAGGAAAAGCCUUCCCCUCCUCCUAGAGGGUAACCUGCCAUACAAGCGUGGGAGGAGACAGUCUGCUCCUGCCAAAGAUAUAGAAGCUGCAUUCCAGCAAAGUGUAAUGGUAUUGUUUCAGAAGUGA